CGAAGACAGCGUUUCAUAUGGAGUCGCCGACUCGUAAAGUUUAUGUUUCUCUUAAUUUGAGGAAGCGUUUUUUACAAAUUGAAGAACCUGCUGGCUAUAUUGCAGGAUGGAAUACAGGCGCAGAAACAUUUUGUAUGGCCAUUUCAGCUUCUCCAGACUUUUUCUUACCUGGAUUAGAUGUCAUAGGAUUAUUUUGUAUGUCAAAUAAGGAACCCAUUUUAGAAAAUGAAGUCAUGGAACUUUAUAAGAAAAAUAUAGAUCUUCUUAAAUUUGAAUAUGAAAAUCCAUUAGUCCUCAUUGUCCAUAAAAGGAGAGAAGAAUAUAGUUCUGUAAAGAUAACUGCCAAGUUAGUUACAAACUAUUAUGGUACAUUUGAAGAUCUGGAAGUAGAAGACUUAUCAUACAAUCCUGCAGUAUUAUUGAGAGCUUCAGGACAACUUCCAUUAUUAUUUGAAGUAUCUUCAGAUGUAGAUACAUUGAAAGAAAAUAUGGAACACUCCAUUGAGAGGUUGAGAACUACUAUCCAAAAUGAAGUUGCAGCAUUUCUUUUGCAAAAUUCAAACGUAAUUAUACAUAGUUCCCAUGAUCAGACUAUGAUGGAAUCCAGUAUGACUUGUAAAGAAUUAUUAAAACUUUGUCAAGAUGAAGAUAUGGCUGAAAAAGUCUUAAAAGCUAAGAAAAAUUUGAAGAGAAAGUGUCCUGUGAACUUCCAUAUAUUCAUUCAAACAAGUGGGAAUGCUGCUGUUGAGAAUACUGUCAACCAUUCUGUGAUUAUUCACUGCCAAAGACGUGAAUUUCAGUGUGUUUCAAUUGCUUUGCCUCUUGAUGUUCUUGUGGUUGCCCAUGAAUUCAGUUCUACUUAUGCUAUUUAUAAAUUGUUUAUAAGUGCUGUUGAUAAACAACUAGAGAAAAUGAACGACUGCCUCUUAAACAAUGCAGACUUCGUUACUCCAGUUCCUUAUCAUUUUUAUCCUGAUAUGUGGGACUUUCCCAUAACAGUAAUUUAUCCUUUAAGCAAAGAAGAUGCAGAACUUGAGAAAUACCGAAGACAUCUUCACAAGUUGUUGCUUUUACCAUUGGAUCGCCCCUUCUUGAAGAAAUUAAAUGUAUAUUUUUGUGAUUCAUUAUCUACUGGCUACUUAAUAAAUCCUCAUGAAGGAUUAGGUGCUUCUGGAAAUGAAAACACUGCUCUUGUUCAAGGCAGGUAUAGCUACCAUCAUUAUAUGCAAGAUCGUAUGAAUGACGACGGUUGGGGCUGUGCAUAUCGUUCCUUACAAACAAUAAUAUCAUGGUUUAAGUUUCAAGGUUACACAGAUAAAAAUAUACCAACGCAUACAGAAAUUCAACAGGCUUUGGUGGAUAUAGGUGACAAACUUCCAUCUUUUGUAGGGUCUAAAAAAUGGAUUGGUUCUCAAGAAGUUAGCUUUUGCCUUGAUUAUCUGAUAAAUGUAAAAUCAAAAAUCAUGUGUGUUAGCUCAGGUGCAGAACUGGCAAAUAAGGGCAGAGAGUUGUUCAAUCAUUUUCAGGAUCAAGGAACACCUGUCAUGAUAGGAGGUGGAGUUCUAGCCCAUACAAUACUAGGAGUGGAUUUUAAUAAAAGCACUGGAGACCUAAAAUUUCUUAUUUUGGAUCCUCAUUACACUGGAAGUGAAGAUCUGAAUGUUAUUUUGAAUAAGGGCUGGUGUGGCUGGAAAACUGUCCAGUUUUGGGAUGAGUCCGCAUUCUAUAACCUUUGUUUACCACAGCGACCAAAAGAUUUAUAAAAUUCUUGAAAUUUAGUUUUGUUUAUUAAAUUUAUAUUUUUCUAAUGAAGUAGAAUAUAAAAGAUUAUUUUCCUGGCUGAUAAAAUGUCCAUAUAUUAUUUUUCUUCAACUGUAUAUUUUAUUACAAGAGAUAUAAUGUUCCUGUAAUAAAUAUAUUUCAGUCAAGGCAAAGAAGUGUUUAUUAAUGCAGUUCUAAAAUGAUAUGAAAUCGUAAAUACAUACAUUAUGAAAUAAGCGUAAUUUGAAAAUAGUUUCGUGCUUUUAUUUAUUAGAAGCAACUCCAGGAAUACUCACACAUUGGAUUCCACAAAAAUCACUGUUGUAAAGACAAAGUUCAUUGGUUUGAAUUGGAUAAAAACAGUUGCUGUUCACUGUUUUAGAGAUAAAUAUAUAUAUAUAUAUAUACAAUUCAAAUAUUCACAUGGAUUUACUAUAAUACUAUUAUUGAAAGCAUUCUCUUUCAGCAUCUAAAACUUUGUUCUGUUUAAAGUUAUUAAUUAAAUAAAUGAUCGGAUACAUAACAAGCAUAAUUUUUAUUCCCCAUUAACUACUGACUUUUACAAUUAGAUCCCAUAAUUUUCUGUACAAGCAUUAAUUUUGGUUCUCCACACAGUGAAACAUUAAAAGACAGAAUAGGCAAACCUCAUCCACUGUUGAAAAUCUGCCUGUGAUGGUUGAUGUAUUAAUACUGUAUAUAUUUUGCUGUGUAACUAGAUGUCUUAUGGGGGAAACACAGAAAAUAAUUCUCUUUUACAUGAGUUUAUCAAUAAACACUUAGAAAUUAAGAAAGUUUCUAAGUUCUCAGCUUCAUACCCUUCAGAAUACUGUCUUUUCUACUAUGUAUGAGUGAGUGCAGUCUGGAAAGCUGAAAAGCCUGUAGACGUCUGCUGGAGAACACAUGAGUAAUUAAUAUUGCAGUUACUGUUUUUCCUCUCGUAAAAAGCUUGAAUAUAUAUUUCAAAUACCAAUUGCACAGUGUUUAUACUACAAUAUGCACAACAGUUAACAGCCAUGAUGACUGUGUUCCAAUAUACUUAUCGAGAAAACUUAUAAGAAAAAUCUAAUCUAUAAUUAUAAUGUACACUAUGACUAAUAUCUCUCAAUUCAAACUGAACCACACUAAUCUAUCGGAGUAAACCUGGAGGAGAAAUUUUAAAGAAAGAUGUAUUUACUACAAAAUUUUAACAAAAAGCACAUUUGCAUAUGACAGAACAAAAAAAAAUAAAAUGCCUUUGAAAAUAAAAUGUACAAUGAUUAUACAAGAUAUUUUAAAUAAAAUUUAGGUAACGAUUUUUGCUAAUAUGGACAGUUUAACGCAAUAUACAAAUUCAUGAGUAUCUUAAAAGGUUGGGAAACUGGGUAUUUUAACAUACCUUAAUAUAUAAAAAGUAAGCUGGUUUCACAUUGCAAACAAAA